AUGUACUUGUACAAAGCAACAUGCCCGGAUAUCCCCAAUCCGAAACAGAAGGCUCCCAGAGGUCAGGGCGGGGUCCAGGCUCAGGGCCAAGGCCAGGGGAAGCUCGCCAGGCAGUCCACGGGGAAGGGGCCUCGACCCUACGCUCCUCUGAUGCUGUGGACAGCAAACAAACACAACAGCAUGCUGGAGCUCAAACAACUGGAGGAGUUUCUCAACUUCCACUCGUUGUCGCUGCAGGACACGAUCAAGAGCCAGACAGGCAUGGUCUACAGGAACCUUGGAAAGUCAGGACUCAGAGUUUCUUGCUUAGGACUAGGUACAUGGGUGACAUUUGGGGGACAAGUAACAGACGAGGUUGCAGAGCAGCUAAUGUCCAUUGCCUAUGAGAGUGGAGUCAACCUGUUUGACACAGCUGAGGUCUAUGCAGGUGGCAGGGCCGAAAUCAUUCUAGGGAACAUUAUCAAGAAGAAAUGCUGGAGGAGAUCCAGCUUGGUCAUAACAACUAAACUCUAUUGGGGAGGAAAAGCAGAGACAGAGAGAGGACUGUCAAGGAAACACAUAAUUGAAGGUCUGAAAGGCUCCCUACAAAGGUUGCAGUUGGAGUAUGUCGAUGUUGUUUUUGCCAACCGCCCUGACAGCAAUACUCCCAUGGAGGAGAUUGUUCGGGCCAUGACCUACCUGAUCAACCAAGGUAUGGCAAUGUACUGGGGGACGUCUCGGUGGACGGCCAUGGAGAUUAUGGAGGCAUAUUCGGUGGCUAGACAGUUUAAUCUGAUUCCCCCAGUAUGUGAGCAGGCAGAGUAUCAUCUCUUCCAGAGGGAGAAAGUAGAAGUGCAACUGCCUGAACUUUACCAUAAGAUAGGAGUUGGGGCGAUGACGUGGUCACCGCUGGCGUGCGGCAUCAUCACAGGAAAAUAUGAAAAUGGCAUUCCUGAAUCUUCCAGGGCCUCCAUGAAGUCGUAUCAGUGGCUGAAGGAGAAAAUUGUAAGCGAGGAUGGAAGAAAACAGCAGGCUAAGCUGAAAGAGCUCAACCACAUCGCUGAGAAGCUGGGCUGCACUCUGCCUCAGUUGGCCGUGGCGUGGUGUUUGAGGAAUGAAGGGGUGAGCUCAGUCCUGCUGGGAACAUCCAACCCUGAACAGCUCACAGAGAACCUCGGGGCCAUACAGGUCCUUCCUAAGAUGACCUCUCAUGUGGUGUCUGAGAUUGACCACAUCCUGGGCAACAGACCGUACAGUAAGAAGGACUACCGCUCUUAG